CAAGGAAACAAGAAGUAGCCUUAAAUCUUCUGUUCAAUUUUCUCUCUGUUGUUAUUUCUGCAAUGGCAAGUCAGAGAGACCAGCUAGCCAAGAUUGGAUUGGGAGGUUUGGCACUGAUAGAUGAGUACUACAGCCACGGUACUCAGCACAAAAUGUCAUCUUCUAGGCUUCAUCCUCCGCCACCACAGGCCCGGAUUUCUGAAGCAGGAGAGACUGUGAUUAACAGCAAUGAAGCAGCGAAGUACUAUGGUGGGAGAAUCAUUUUAGAUUAUGGCAGGAAAUGAAAUGCUUCAAUGGGAUUAUUAUUAUUAUUAUUUUUUUUUUUUUUUUGAUCAGCCAAAGAAAUUUUAAAUUAAUGAAGCACAAGGGGUGCU